AUGGCGUCCGCGUCGUGCACGCCCAGGUCGCCGGCGGCGGCGUGCGGGAGCAUCGUCACUGUGCUCAGCAUCGACGGCGGUGGCGUGCGCGGGAUCAUCCCGGGCACCAUCCUCACCUUCCUCGAGGCGAAGCUGCAGGAGCUGGACGGGCCGUACGUGAGGAUCGCGGACUACUUCGACAUUGUCGCCGGGACAAGCACCGGUGGGCUGGUCACCGCCAUGCUCACGGCGCCCGACAAGGAGGGCCGCCCUUUCUUCGCCGCCAAGGACAUCAACGACUUCUACCUCCGGCACAGCCCCAAGAUCUUCCCUGUCAAAAGGGGCGGCCUUCUGGGUCUCAUCAAGAGCCUCGUUCUGGGGCCCAAGUACGACGGCAAGUACCUCCGCUCCAUCGUCCGGGAGCUCCUCGGCAACACCAAGGUCAGCCAGGCGCUCCAGAACAUCGUCAUCCCCACCUUCGACCAGGCCAUGAACGAUGUCUCCAAGGACGCUCUGCUCUCCGACGUGUGCAUCGGCACCUCCGCCGCGCCGACCUACCUCCCUGGGCACCAGUUCGAGACCAAGGACAAGGACGGCAAGCCCCGGGCCUUCAACCUCAUCGAUGGAGCGGUCGCCGCAAACAAUCCGACGCUGCUGGCGAUGACGCACAGCAAGCAGAUCCUGUUGGCCAUGGGCAACAAGAACCCCAUCAAGCCGGCGGACUAUGGCAAGUUCAUGGUGCUGUCGCUGGGCACCGGCUCCGCCAAGGUCGAGGAGAAGUUUGACGCCGUGGAGUCCAGCAAGUGGGGGCUCCUGGGGUGGCUCUACAACAAGGGCGCCAGGCCCAUCAUCGACAGCUUCACCCAGGCCAGCUCCGACCUCGUGGACAUCCACGCCUCCGUGCUCUUCCAGGCGCUGCGCUCCGAGAACAGCUACUACCUCCGGAUCCAGGACGACGAGCUCACGGGCAACACCGCGUCUGUCGACGUCGCCACCAGGGAGAACAUGCACCGCCUCGUCGGCGUCGGCAGGGCGCUGCUGAGGAGGCCGGCGUGCAGGGUGAACGUGGAGACCGGCAAGAACGAGCCGGACGACGACAGGGGCACCAACGAGGAGGAGCUCAACGAUUUCGCCAAGAUGCUGGUGGCUGAGCGCCGGGCCAGGCUCAAGAAGAAAGCCGACACGUCACAGUAA